UGGCUCUGUUGAACUUGCCCGAUCUUCGAACUCAGUCAAAGUCAGCGCGUCACCCGUUAGACUCCUUCCGCUAGUUCAAUUUAAUUUGUAAAUAAUAAUGGAUAGUUCCGUUUUUUUGUUUAUUCUCGCAAGCGCGGUCUGCUGUCAGUGCGCUAAUAUUUUGUAUGUGAUACCUUUUACCUCAAAAUCACAUUAUAUCUUGCUGAGGCCGAUUGGUUUGGAAUUAGCCCGGAGGGGUCACAAUGUGACAGUGUUUACAGCCUUCAAGGAAACUGACCACGCACCGACCUAUCACCAAGUAAUGGCUGAUGAUAAAAAGAUUUGGGAUGUAUCAGAGGGUGGACGACCUAACGUCUUUACGAUGGUGGACAUAUCCGAAGAAGCAUUUUAUGAAAAAAUUCUCUGGGGUGGAGGCUUAGCUUCCACUGAGGUAGCACUAAGCUCGAAACAAAUCCAAGAUUUUCUAAAGCGAGAUCAUAAAUUUGACUUGGUAAUAAGUGAAAUGUUUUUCCAAGAAGCUACUUAUGUUUUAGCGCAUAAGUACAACGCGCCAUUGGCUCUAGUAACCACAUUUGGUAACUGCAUGAGAAACAAUAUUAUCAUGAGGAAUCCUCUACAGUUAGCAACUGUAAUAAAUGAAUUCGUAGCUAUUAAAGAACCGCAUAGUUUUCUCGGGAGAUUGAGGAACUUUUACUUUGCCGCCUAUGAGUACUUUUGGUAUAAAGUCUGGUACAUACAGAAGCAGGAAGCAUUGGCUAAGAAGUACAUAAAGAAUUUGCCUGAACCUGUUCCAAGUCUAGAAGAACUGCAGAAGAACGCAUCGCUAUUUCUAAUGAACAGUCAUUUCAGUUUUGAUACUCCUGCGGCGUAUUUACCUAAUUUAGUUGAAAUUGGAGGAAUACAUCUGACUCAUAAAUUCGAUCCUCUCCCACAGGACUUGGCCGAAAUUUUGAAUAAUUCAACACAAGGAGUGAUUUAUAUGAGCUUCGGUUCCAACGUUCAUAGUUCAGAACUUCCACUCGACAAGAAAAAUGCCUUCCUUAACGUGUUUAGGCGCCUAAAGUAUACUGUAUUGUGGAAAUGGGAAGAAGAAAGUUUAGAGGACCAACCUGACAAUCUGAUUAUAAGAAAAUGGCUGCCGCAAAAGGAGAUUUUAGCUCACCCGAACGUCAAAGUUUUUAUAUCCCACGGCGGUCUAAUCGGAACACAAGAGGCAGUAUUCCAUGGGGUCCCAAUCAUCGGAGUCCCCAUAUACGCAGACCAAUACAACAAUCUUCUGCAGGCUCAGGAAGCUGGCAUAGGCAAGAUUCUACAAUACCAUGAUAUCAAUGAAGAAAACUUGGAAUCUGCUUUACGCACUGUUUGUGAAAGUGACUUGUACAAAAUCAAGGCCAAGGAGUUGUCAGUUAGGUUCCAAGAUAGACCUUUUACAGCGUUGCAAACUGCCAUGUAUUGGAUUGAGUAUGUAAUCAGAAAUAAAGGUGCCGAUUUCAUGAAGAAUCCAGCACGUAAUCUAAGCUGGAUUGAAUAUCAUAUGCUCGACGUAUUUGCUUUUCUUGUGGCAAUUACUGUAGCAUUUGUUUUUGUUAUUGUAAAACUCAUCAAGUAUUUUAUUAUAAAAGAAACUGUUGUCACUAAAAAAUCAAAACGCAGUUAAUGUUUCUUGUAUGCCACGUUAUACAUGACAUACAUAUAAAUAUUUUUAUAUACAUAUAAAUUUUGUUGAUUUUUUUUUCAUUUAUUUGUUGUAAAGUCAUGUACAUAGUAAAUCAAGAUGUUAUACAAUAAAAUACAAGUCAGACCAUGACACCCUAAGAGCACACAGCAUUAACUUAAAACUAAACAAAACAAGUCUUCUCAUUUAAUAAAACCGGCCAAGAGCAUGUCGGGCCACGCUCAGUGUAGGGUUCCGUAGUUACUCUUCCGUCACAAUAAACUAAACUGGAGCUUAAAGUAUAGUAAAUUGUUAACCAAGGGAUGAAACGGUACCUUUCACCCGAGUUAAACAAAUAGGCAAAUUUGCAUAAUCAGUACCUAAUUAAAGUAAGUCUUUUUACUAUGAAGGGAAAACUUUUUGCGAUAACUCAAAAACAGCUAAACUGAUCAUGUCCGCUAUAGUUUUCAUUUAUUGUCUUUCUUAAGCUCUACUUCCACGAUUUUUUUCAUAUUUUUUGGACCUAUGGUUCAAAAGUUAGAGGGGGGGGACACAAUUUUUUUUUCUUUCGGAGCGAUUAUAUCCGAAUAUAUUCACUUUAUCAAAAAAUGUUUCUUGAGAACCCCUAUUAGUUUUGAAAGACCUUUCCAACGUUACCCCACACUCUAGGGUUGAAGCGAAAAAAAAAAUUCACCCCCAUUUACGUGUACCCUAAAAAAAAUAUUUUUUUAGAUUUUAUUGUACGACUUUGUCGGUUUUAUUGAUUUAUAUAUCCAGGCCAAAUUUCAGCUUUCUAGCACUAACGACCACGGAGCAAAGCCUCGGACAGACAGACAGACAGACAGACAGACAGACAGACAGACAGACAGACAGACAGACAGACGGACAUGGCGAAACUAUAAGUUGACUACGGAACCCUAAAAAUGACAAUUAAUAAUAUUACAAAAAAAAAACUUUAUAAACUAUCGUCAUUAAGAAAAUCCUUAACCGAAUAAUAGCAUUUAUAUAUUAAUAAUUUUUCUAAUUUAUUUUUAAACACUGUGUUUCAGUUUCUAGCUUAAUAUUAUUGGGAAUUUUAUUUGUUAUUAAAAUACAUUUAUAUUGGGGACUAUUUUUACACAUCUCUAGGUUAGUCCUUGGUAAUAGUAGUUUAUUUAUAUACUGCGUUCUCGUGUUUUCCUUGUCUUGUUUGAAUGUGAAUAAAUAUGAUAUGUUUUACAAGGAAUAAAUAAUAAUAAGUGAAAUAAUCUUGUUUUGCGUAAUUUUUAUAGAUAGAUAGAUAGAUAAAAUCUUUAUUCAACCACAACUUACAUGCUUUGUGACACAAACAAAUAACAAGAGAAAAAGAAAAUUGACAAGAGACAAAGAAAAAGUAACAUACAAUUUUACACUAAUAUCAAUAACAAUGUAUUACGUGUCUUAUUUUUAGAUUAAUAGAGAUAUUAGUAGAGGGUCAUGUGUUGUGGUAAAGAAUAGGCGCUGACUCAGCAUAAAUGCUGCGGAGACCACAGAGCUGAUCUUCCGUCAGAACCUUAAAACCUACACUAGUAAACGAUGUUUGGCAACGAAA